UGGCGCUGCUGAGAUGGUGCUCCAAACCAUCAGUGCUAGUAAAGGGUGUCAGGUCUCUGGCCCCUGGGAGAGUGAAGACCUGGACAGUUUGUCAGAGCUGGUCCAGGAUAUCCGUCUUUGCUCUCAGGCCCUCAACAAGCUGGACCGACAGACCUUGAAGCAGAGCUGGGACAGGACUCAGUCACACGGACACUUUCUCGACCGAAACUCCAAGUGCCUCCUCUCCGCCACCUCCACUUGAGGGUGGGAGGUGUGAUGAUGUCGGC